AUGGAGAUCAACCACAUAAAGGAGCUUCUCCACAACAGGUUCCGAAUAAAGAACCUAGGAGAACUCAAAUACUUCCUAGGACUAGAAGUAGCUAGAUCUAAAAAGGGGAUCCACUUAUGUCAAAGGAAAUAUGCCUUAGAUAUACUAGAAGACACCGGAAUGCUGGGCUGUAAGCCUUCAUCUACUCCCUUUCUUAGUGACACAAGCUCUUUGUACAGAUUGGACAGCUACCUGGAUGACCCAGGUCCCUACAGAAGGUUGAUAGGGAAGUUGUUAUACCUCACAAACACUAGACCCGACCUGUGUUUUUCAGUUAAUUUACUUAGCCAAUUUGUUCAAUCACCUACUGAUCAUCACUAUCGGGCCAUCCAACACAUUCUCAGGUACAUCAAGUCUAAGCCAUCUGAGGGGUUGUUUUUCCCUGCUGAUUCUCCUCUACAGCUAAAGGGAUUCAGUGAUUCAGACUGGGCUACAUGUCCCAACACUAGAAGAUCCACGACAGGAUUCUGUAUCUUCCUUGGAUCUUCUCUCAUCUCUUGGAAAUCUAAGAAGCAGAGAACUGUCUCCAGAUCAUCUACUGAAGCUGAGUAUAGAGCGCUUGCAGCCACUGUAUGCGAGAUACAAUGGCUCAGUUAUCUCCUACAGGACCUUCAAGUAGAAGAGUCAGGAAUCCCGGCCUUAUAUUGUGACAACAAGUCAGCCAGGCACAUAGCUCACAACCAGAGCUUUCAUGAACGGACCAAGCAUAUUGAGCUUGACUGCCAUGUAGUGCGUGAGAAGGUAAAGGAACAACUUUUGAACCUUCUUCCCAUACGCUCUGACGAACAGUUGGCUGACAUCUUCACGAAGUUUCCCCAUCGCGUUAGGUUCAGAUCAAUUAUUCCCAAGCUUGGACUGACAGCCAUCCAUCGUCCAGCUUGA